GACGAGCUCUGGUAGGCCCUCACGCGAUACAUACACCUUCAAUAUCCCUUCGAGAACCCUCCGAAGACAACUACAACCAUGUCGCUCUCCUCCAGAUAUGCGGCGCAAUGCUGCGCCCGCCAAAUUCGAUCCGCAACCUCCCUCCGAACCACGGGUGCGCUCGCCCAGCAGAGGAUAGCAAGGCGAUACCAGUCGACCGAGGCUGCCGCCGCACCUACAAAUCCCAAGAUUGCCGGCAUUGUGGAGCAAAUCAGCCAAUUGACGCUGCUGGAGACUGCGGACCUGGUGUCAAGCCUCAAGUCCCGACUGAACAUCCCAGACAUGCCCAUCGGUGGGUUCGCUGCCGCUGCAGCCCCGGCGGCAGCACCAGCAGCUGCGGCAGAAGCUGAGGAGGACGCCCCCGCUGCGGCACAGGAGAAGACCCUCUUCAGCGUGAAGCUGAUGUCAUUCGAGACGAGCGCGAAGCCGAAGGUCAUCAAGGAAAUCAAGAGCUUGCUAGGUCUGAGUCUGGUGGACUCUAAGAAAUUUGUAGAGAGCGCGCCCAAGAUGAUGAAGGAUUCGGUACCGAAAGAUGAGGCUGAGAAGAUCGUGGCGACCCUGAAGGAGCUUGGCGCUGUCGUCCAGAUGGAGUAGAUGUGCGGAAGGGGUUGCAGAAGGACUGGGCAGAUAUCCACGUGGAUUUCGGGGCAAUAUGGACCGCAUCUCGGGCAUUUGCAUGUACAAAGGCACGUGUAAUAGUAUACAGGAUUAGCCGGACGGUAAUGUCACCAG